UAAUGAGAAGGCCCAGAUCCAUAGCUGAAAAACCCUAAUACAUAGCUUCAUUCUAGUUACGGCGUCGAAUUAGAGGCAUAGCAACCAUAGAAGCGUGUUGUUGCAAGAGCCAGAGCUGCAAUGGGGAUCGAUCUUAAGGCUGGGGGUAAGAGCAAAAAGACCAAAAGAACAGCACCCAAGUCCAAUGACAUCUACCUCAAACUACUUGUCAAGCUCUAUCGGUUCGUUGUUCGGAGGACUGGCAGCCGUUUUAGUGCUGUGAUACUCAAGCGCUUGUUUAUGAGCAAGGUUAACAAGCCUCCAAUUUCGUUGUCAAGGUUGAUCAAGUAUACAAAGGGGAAGGAAGAUAAAAUUGCUGUUAUAGUGGGGACUGUAACUGAUGAUAUCAGGGUAUAUGAAGUUCCAGCAUUGAAAAUUACAGCACUCAGGUUUACUAAAAGAGCGCGGGCUAGAAUUGAAAAGGCUGGCGGUGAAUGCUUGACAUUUGAGCAGCUUGCCCUAAGGGCUCCUUUGGGUCAGAAUACGGUCCUUCUUAGAGGCCCCAAGAAUGCUCGGGAAGCUGUGAAACACUUUGGUCCUGCUCCUGGUGUCCCACACAGCCAUACCAAGCCCUAUGUAAGAGCUAAGGGAAGAAAGUUCGAGAGGGCUAGAGGAAGGAGGAACAGCAGAGGAUUUAGAGUUUAAGAAGAUUAUGUUCUAUUUUUUUUUGAAGUGUUCACUUCUGAAAUACAAGUUUUUGUUAUAGGCGUUGGCGACAGAUUUUAUUAUAUUUAUGUUCUGAUAAGGAUUUUCAGUAUUGACAUCUUGGCUCCCUUGUUUUACAUUGACGUGAAUUAAAAAACUCGCAUUUGAUUCCACCUAUUGAAAAGCUAGUCAUUUUUCGUGA